AGUGACGACACAGGGGCGAGUGGCGCCUCGGCCGGCCUUCCCGAGCGGGGCGCGCUCAGGAUGGCGGAAGCGGAAGGGAGUUCUCCGCUCCUGUUACAGCAGCCGCCGCCCCCUCCUCGGAUGGCGGAAGUAGAAACGCCGACGGGGGCCGAGACGGACAUGAAGCAGUACCACGGGUCCGGUGGCGUCGUCAUGGACGUGGAGCGGAGCCGCUUCCCCUACUGCGUGGUAUGGACACCCAUCCCGGUGCUCACGUGGUUCUUCCCCAUCAUUGGCCACAUGGGCAUCUGCACAUCCACAGGAGUCAUUCGGGACUUCGCCGGCCCCUAUUUUGUUUCGGAAGACAACAUGGCCUUUGGAAAGCCUGCCAAGUUCUGGAAAUUGGAUCCCGGACAGGUAUAUACUAGUGGGCCCAACGCGUGGGACACGGCUGUGCACGAUGCCUCUGAAGAGUACAAGCACCGCAUGCACAAUCUCUGCUGUGACAACUGCCACUCACAUGUGGCUUUGGCCCUGAACCUGAUGCGGUACAACAACAGCACCAACUGGAACAUGGUGACACUCUGCUUCUUCUGCCUGAUUUAUGGGAAGUAUGUCAGUGUUGGAGCCUUUGUGAAGACCUGGCUGCCCUUUGUCCUCCUCCUGGGUAUUAUUCUGACCGUCAGUCUUGUCUUCAAUCUGCGGUGAUGGCUUUCACAUGGUCUAAGCCUACCAGGCCCCCAGGAGGGCCCUGCCACUUGCCCCUUUUGGUCCCAAUUCUUUCUUCCCCACCCUUAGGCAGUGUUGCCUCCUGGGUUGGAAGUAGGGUCAGGACUUGGGACAGAAGUGCUGAUGUUGAGCACCUGAUGAGGCGAUGCAUCACUCAAAGCCUCCUUGUCCUCUCUCCCUGGGCCUGAGACCUCACCUUUGUGGCUUCGCCAUCCUGGGAAGGCCUUCCUUCCUUUAGAGCAUUUCCUGCCGCCAUCACUGGGCUGCUCUUGCCAUGCCCAGGGCACAGUGAGGACAAGCACCCAUAUGGAAAAGCAGUGUCAAGAGGUGGAUUUGAGGCUGUUUUCUGGCUGGCAGUCGUGUCCCAGAGUAGGAUGUGGUGUUAGAAGUGCUGCACGCCAAGAGGCUUGGAACCUUCUCUGCUGGCCUCGAGUGGACUGGGUGGGCUGGCUGGGCUCUGUGUGUGUGUGUCUGCUAGAGCUGCACUAGCGUAGUGCGCCUCAUCACCACUGAUCUCGGGAAUGACAAUUAUGUGCAGAGUGGGUCCCCUGCAAAUCAGGUAACAUGAACCCCACUUGUUUCCAGCCCAGGAGUCCUCAUGCUGGGGAUAGAACUCUUUAGGUCCAAAAUGUAACUUGUCAGAGCAACUAGUGCCACCUGAUUGGCUGGAUCUGCUUCCGGUUGCUACAAUGGGUCCAGUGCAGCCUCCCUCCCCCUGCUCCACAGGCUCCUUUAUAAGGGGCUCCCUGGCAGGAAAUAAAGUUUUAAGUCUAA